UUUAAAGGUUCAAACCGUUUCUUUACGAUAAUUUUGGAGUCACAUUUAAAUUAGAUAUACAUUCAAUAGUUAUACCAUUUGAAUAUCAUUUUAAUGCGCUUCACGUCAAUUUAAAUUAAUACCCAAAUUAGAAAGUUUGCUUUCUAUAUAAUCAACGCGAUUUGGUCACAGACAUAAUAUUUUCAUAAGGAUAGAUAAUCGCCAAAACAAACUCCGACAAACUGAUUACGGAUUACUUUCACUUGAACUUUUAAUGUGAGGAGGUAUUGUAACUGGUAGAAAGAAAGUACCUUUCAUAAAACAUCGAUGUUAUUUCUUAUGAAUAUAUAUUGAAAUUAGGAGUAAAAAUGAGUUGUACAACGCAGACUGUUUCCAAUGGAUAUAUAGUGUCAUCACAAAAUUUAUACAAUGUCAAUGAAACAGUUACUUAUGUAUGUAACUCCUUCUAUACCUUGUCCGGAAAUGCUGUUGCUACAUGCUUAGAUACGAGUGGCACAUGGUCAACUAUACCAUCAUGUAAAUUUGCGGCCAAAGAUAAUGUAUGGUUUUGGAUGACAGUUGGUCUAGCCUCGUUGUUAGCACUUGUACUACUACUCUUGUUAUUGAUAAUAAUCAUACGGUAUUGCUGCUGUCACAAAAGAAAAAGUCGUGUAUCUGAGUUCUCAGAAAGCCAGGACCGAUACGGGGAUAGUUGUGGUCCAUGCUGUGGAUUGGUGGACUAUAAAGGAUGUUGUUCCCUUUCCGGAUGUUGUGGAUUUUAUGGAUGUUGCGGUGGAUUCUGUGGAGCGUGCCGAUGCUGCAGAGAGUUUCCAGGCGACGGUGAUGGCGACUCGGGCAGACAUAACAGAAAUUCUAAUAAUCAUUCAAUGAAACGUGUGAAGAAAAAAGUUUCUGUAAGACAAACACAAACGUCACCAACACCAACAGAUACGACGGCCAUUAUUGAAGAAAAGAAAAAGAUAGCUAAGAUGAAUGACGUAUAUAUCAUUUCAAAUAAUGUUGAUUCUACCCAGAAUGCUCCAGUAAGUACAAAAUCUACUCCCAGAGUAUAUAAAUCGCCAACAACGAAUUCACAAACGCCUCGUGACCAGAAUGACAGCAUGACAUCGGAGCAAAAUUACAAGAAGAAAGCAAAGGUUUUAAAAGCAUGGAUGCCCCAUUCCCAUGACGUCAGAGGAAUAAAUACAAGCACAAAAUAACAGUUCUAAGACUUCCUCGGCGUUGAUGAGAUUAAAAUGACAGGACGGGUGCUGUACUGCUUAACAUUGUUAUACAAGAUGCUUAAAAUAUUUAAUUGACAAUUUUGGAUUAUGCUUCAAAUACGUGUAGCCAACGAUGUAAAACAAUAUCUAUAUAUAAAUAUAUAAUAUUUGUAUUAUAACGACGAAAACCAUAAACGGUUGAAAUGUUCACUGUGAUUUUAUGAGAUCAAUCAUUUAACUUUUAAUUGGUUAUUUCUUUUUUA